CAAGUCAACGCGUGUGUGCUUCGGUAUUAUCGCUGAAAAGGCGUUUUUCAUGUUUAACAGUUAAUAAUUCAGUAUAUUAUGGACUCCGGGUAUGUGAACCGGUGUCUGGGCGUCUGUCUCGCGGAGGGUCUCGCGGAGCUGAUCGAGCACAGGCCGCAGGAGCCCAUCGAGUAUCUGGCGCUGUGGAUCCGCUCAUACAGAGAGAAACAGAGACUUCAGGAGCAGAGAUCUGCAUUUGAGAGCCGCCUGAAGGAGGAGAAGCAGCGUCUCCAUGAUGAGUCUCUCCAUCAGAAGCUCCUGCAGGAGGAGCAGAAGCAGAUCAGAGACGCACAGGAGGAGAUUAAGCACACAGAGGUGUCUGACCCUGAAUCAGCAGAUCAGAGCAAACCCACCCCUGCAGACCCUCCUCAGGCUGAAGAACAGGUAGAAAGUGUUGAAGCUCCUGCUGAUCAGCCAGAGUCAGAGACAGUGAGGGAGCAAACAGAUCCAGCACUGAAUGAGGAGGAAUCAGGCGAAACUGCAGGAGAUGAAGAACAAUCCGCUGAGAUCCAAAACACAGAGCAAAGCCUUUCUAAGGAGGAUCUCGAGGACACACUGAAUAAAAACAAUGAACCAGUCAUCCAAUCUGAAGAGAACAAACCCGAACUGGAAAAAACAGAAGAAGAUGCUGAUGAGAGACAGAUAGAAACUGAAGAAAAGGACACACACACAGCAGAAACUGAAGACACGGCACUGGCGGAGGACGCGGAGCGAGCUGGAGAACAGGACGAGGAGGAAGACUGAGCAUACACUAAACCACAUCACUGACCUCAGAACAGCUUGUGUGUGUUGCACAAAUCUGACAUUAGGCUUGGAUUGGCUUUAUUAAUCCUCAGGGGGAAUUUCACACGAUUAAAUGGAUUUUAUUAAAUGUUUUUUUUAAAUUAAAUGAAA